GAAGAAAAGCUGCAGCUUGUCAAGGCACAGCUGGAAAUCAUCUGCAAGGGAAACUAGAAGUCAGCGUUCGGUGCUCCGUGUUUUGAGACGCUAGUGCUGCUGGCGAUGGCGGCACACUUUCCAUCGGCUGCACUCCAUUGGACCGUGCAUUGCCACGGCUCCCUGCUUGGCCUUCGAGGUGGAGGCCAUGAUGAUUUGAUGGUGGACGCCGAUGAAGAAGAGAGUAGCCUUUCGGGCUGCGAGAGCCCACUCAGCGGAACUUUGCCGAAAGGCGAUACGCCUGCCUCUGCCUCUGAACACGAGAUGGAUAUCGACAUGACAGCAGUGGACACGUUACUGGAACAAGACAAGCUUAUGGCCGCUGACCGUAUCUCGCCACGUCGUCCUAGGUACUUGGAUUCCGACGCUCAUUACAUAGGUGAUGAUGAUGCCCAGAACGAAUGGGUUGCUCAGAGCCAACCCUGUACCUUACAGUCGCCACAGCCGGGGCGUUCACUCAGAAUUCCUCCCUACGCUCCGGGCACGGGUUCCCCACGGAGUGGGCCAAGUCGGACAUACACUUUGUUUCACACUAACUAUCCUCCAAUGUCGAGAUACCACCAGCGUUCGAGGUGUCCUCCGAAGCAGCAGCGUCACUGUCGUUUUACACCGAAUCGCACACAUCCGUCCUCCGUUCUCAUUCCUGGUGUGGGUAUGGUGCCAAUUCCCGGCAUAACCUUGACGAAUGGCGCCGGGUCAGCGACUGUAUGGACGUCUCGUGUAGGAGCCCCGAACCGGCCAGAUGGAACCAAGUUCGAUGCGCUACUAUGUCGGGCUUCUUCGUCUCAAAAGCGUCACGAGCAUCCCACCGAGGAAGAAGCGAUUGGAAAGAAGCUGAAGAAUGCUCAGGACGACGAGGAUGAGGGCAGACGAGAGCAUGGCAUGGGCUACGAUUAAAGGGGCGAUAGCAAGUUAAGCUCGCCGCCGCAUAUGCGGGCAUCAUACAGACAUUCAUAGAUGAAGCCCGGUCGCAACACAGGUGGACAAAUGCAGUAUCCAU